CGUUGUUGGCUUCGGCGGGACAUGACCUCCAGUCUCUUGUAAGCGUUUGGCAGUUAGGACCCCGUGUUGAUCAUGUCCUUGCUGUCCAAUCACCUGGUCCACGUGGACUUAUGGCUUGCGCAUAUGCAUUGGCAUCCAUCUUGUUGGAAGAAGGAGGUAGAGGAAGAUGGGAAGGAGGACGACGAGAAGGGGGAGGACGAGGAGGAGGAAGAUGGGAAGGAGGACGACGAGAAGGAGGAGGAGGAGGAGGAGGAGGAGGAGGAGGAGGAGGAGGAGGAGGAGAAAGAUGUAGUCAUGCUUGUAGUCGUUUGCGAUCAUUGAUUCAGCGACGUGUGCUGUCGCAUCAUCUUGCUGACGUGGCAGCCGCUUAUCUCCAGUUGAUCCACAGUUCUGAG